GGCACGUUAGUAGAAAUAACCUGUUGAUGUGAGGCAAAACAACGAGCAGCUACCAGUCAUCUCAUCAUUUAAAUGCCAUCAAAAGGCCUAGUUGGUCCAUAGAGACAACAGGAUUCCAGGAUUGUAAUACGCUACGGUAGGACAGGACACAUGUAUUUGUGUUUGUACAUUUUUGUUUUUGUUUGACUUACGUGCAACAGUACUUGCCAGAGCGAACGGCUCCAUCUACCAUUUCAUUUGAUUGCUCCAAGGCAAUUCUAGUUUAACAACAAUGUUUCGUCAAGACACAUCCGCCGCUCUUCUCGGGAAACCGCCGAAAUAUAUCAAGAACUCGGUCGGUAAAAUGGUCCUAAACCCGGCGUACAAAGAAUGGAGGAACAAGAACGGCCCCAAUCCUAAUCCCAAUCUUACCAGCAGCACAAGCUCGUAUGCAUCCACCUCUGUUCCGGUGGCGGUGGCCGAAGACAACAAGGCGGUUGCAGUGGGAAGACCAAUAGAUACGCCACCGGAAGCUCCUAGAUCGUCGGUGGCUUACAUCGAACGCAAACUCGGCGACCUGGAAAAGCUAAAGAGUUUGCUCACGGAAGAAGAAUACGAGCGCAAACGAGCCGAAAUCAUUGACUCUCUCGGCUUGUCUUCCGACGACGAUUCCGAGAGCACCGGCUCCUACGCUUCGGAUUGCUCCUCGAGCACCUGCUCCUACGACUACGGUUCGGAUUAUGUUGAUGCCAAUGACAGGUUCUCCCACCUGGAUCCAGCGAAGGUGAGACGGGACGACCAAGGACAGCUCUAUAUGUACUCUGUCGAGGUGCCACAUGGGGUCCGGGCCGGGGACACCUUUCGAAUUUUUUUCAUCGACGGCAAGGAGUACGCCGUGACGUGCCCGAUGGGGGCCCGAGCGGGCAAGACCAUCGUCGUCCCCGUGCGCUUGCCGGAACCCGAGCCGGUCGCGAAGGUCACUCCCUUUGCCGAUGCUUCGCCAUCGACUCGGCGAAAACAGCGGAGGGAGGACCACAGCCGCCGGAGGGAGGACCACCGGGAGGAGCGCAGGUACAAACGGCAGGAACGAAGGGAGCGCUUGAAGGAAAAGAAGGAUCGCAGGCAGAGUCGGUUCGAGCACCGGCAGCGGCGGUCUUUCACGCGGCAGCAGCAGGAGGGAAACGACGCAUCGGCGUCCGCGUCCGCCUCUCUCUUUACCGUCAUCGUCCCGGAGGGGGUGGGUCCAGGCCAGCGCUUUCGCACCACGGUCCCGGCCGGUCAUGGCCAGCGCCCGCGCGAGUACGAGGUUGUCUGUCCCCCGGGCGCCGGACCCGGAGCCAAGGUUCAGUUUCGGAUGUAGCUGCUAGCAGGAUGGCGAUCCAUCCAAUUUGUUUGGUCACCGUAGCAACACACAAAUUUA